CACAGGCGAGAAGUCACUGCGGCUCACCAGCCAAGAACUAAACGCAGCCCACCACACACGGCGACAUGCGGCCCACAAAGAAAGGAAUCUGUUGGAAACUUUUUCUAUUUUCCUGCGUCUUUUUGGAGAGUUCAUCUCAAGACUUUGGCGGACAGACGCAGUUCAUUUGCACGUCCGUACCCAAGGAUAUGGACAUAUGCUCAGCCACCUUGCAGAACAGUGUGCCAGGGGAGGACCUGAAAACCACUGUUAUGCAGCUGCGGGAGACGGUUUUACAGCAGAAGGAGACGAUCAUGAACCAAAAAGAGACUAUCAGAGAAUUGACCUCAAAGUUGGCGCGGUGUGAGAGUCAGAGCGGCGCCGACCUCGGGGACGCGCGACCGGGAGGCAGGAGGAAAGAAGCUGGGACCAAAAACACAAUGGGGGAUGUGUCGAGGGGCCCUGCUGACACUUUGACGCAACUAUCACAGACUUUACAGUCACUGAAGCAGAGAUUAGAAAAUCUGGAGCAAUUCAGCAGGAGCAACAACUCGAUGCAGGCAAACAGCCUGAAAGACCUGCUCCAAAGUAAAAUCGACGACUUGGAGAAGCAGGUGUUGUCCCGAGUGAACAGCAUCGAAGAGGGGAAACCCGGACUCCGGAAUGAGACCGAGCAGCGUGGGAGAGUGGAGUCCACACUUACAUCUCUACACCAGAGGAUCACCGACCUGGAGAAAGGUCAGAGAGAAAACAGGCCGCUGGAUAAAUUCCAGCUCACGUUCCCACUGAGAACCAACUAUAUGUACGCAAAAGUGAAAGAGAGUUUGCCAGAGAUGUAUGCCCUCACUGUGUGCAUGUGGCUCAAGUCCAACGCCUCCCCGGGAGUGGGCACACCUUUCUCCUAUGCAGUUCCGGGACAAGCCAACGAGCUGGUUCUCAUAGAGUGGGGAAACAAUCCAAUGGAGAUACUAAUAAAUGACAAGGUAGCAAAGCUGCCAUUUCUUAUCAACGAUGGGAAGUGGCAUCACAUCUGCGUGACUUGGACAACUCGUGAUGGUGUUUGGGAGGCUUUUCAGGAUGGUGUCAAGAGGGGGAGUGGAGAAAAUCUGGCUCCAUAUCAUCCCAUCAAACCUCAGGGCCUGUUGAUCCUAGGCCAAGAGCAGGACACGCUCGGAGGAGGAUUCGAUGCCACGCAAGCUUUUGUUGGAGACCUGGCGAAUUUUCACAUCUGGGAUCGUAAACUGUCCGUGGGAGAAAUCUAUAAUCUAGCGACGUGCAGCAGCAAAGCGCAAGUGGGCAACGUUUUUGCGUGGAUGGAGACGAGUCUCGAUAUUUACGGAGGUGCCUCGAAGUGGACAUUCGAAGCUUGUCGCCAGCUCAACUGAACUGCAGGGAUGAGAAUCUCAACGCUUUUGCUAAAGCCAGUGUUGUCACGGCCUCGGUAAACUCAUUCGAAAGGUCAUGAGGAGAUUGUUUCAGUGAAUAGCCAUUGGGUUGUUACAGAUAUUUGAAAACAUCAUUUGUGGGCAGUUUGAUAGAUAUUUUACCAGAUUCUCACAUGGGACAGGCCACUGAAAAAGGGGCGCUCCGGCAUCCUGUGGUGCUUGAAUGCGCAUUCGGAGGAACAGGUGAUGCCAUUCCAGUGAGCAGAGGUCGCCCUCGGAGACCAAAAUGACAGGCCAGCAUCAAAAAUACAGUAAGAGGUCAUGUAGUUUUUAGAGAACAGAUGUCACACUAGUCAUGAAAAUGACUGAGUUCUUCAUAUGUCUUUUUCUGUCUCGACUGCCAGGGAAUUUCACUGUGAAAAAGGGCCAGGUGGACUUUUUUUUGGAAAGGAUUGUGUUCUUCAAGAGGUUAUGAACUAGACAACAUUGUUUCUCUAUCACUCUUCUUUCUCUAGCCACCACCUGCUUGAUGUGAUUUUGUGUGAGGAAUGAUGUAUAUUUAUUGCCAACAUUUGAGCCUGAGUGCCUUGGGCUGUUGAAAAAUAUCUCAGCACAUUCAUGAUCAUUUGCAGAGUAUUUGUGUGUUUGUAUUUAUUUUCAUGUAAAUUAUUUUCAAAGGAGGUGUUUCCUGUAACACUUCACAAGAGGAAGAGGUCAGAUGGUUCAUGGUAAAAUGCAAAUCACUGAUGACAAUGGCACAUUUUACAGAUGCUUGUACUUCAGUCGUAAUGUUUUCUGUACAGUAACAGCAUGUCUUAAAUUCUGUAAUGCUGCGUCAGCAUCUAUGAUCUCUGCUUUUACGAUUCUACCCUUGGGUUGAGGUUUUAUACUGUAUUGUUAUAUGCUUAAAGCAUGGCAACACUGACAGAUGAAAAAAGUUCUAGUUUUUGUAAUAAAUUG